GCAAUUAAAGAAGAUGAAAUCGUGAAUAAAGUAGUAUUGGAAGGCCGAAGAUAGAAAAAACAAGAGAAAUGGAAUGGAGAAAAUGUUAUCUGGAUGUGGUACUGAUACCGCUAGGGUUUUUUUUAACGAUUGCUUAUCAUGCCUGGUUAUGGCAUAAGGUUCGCAAACAACCACUCACGACCAUCAUCGGAACAAAUGCUACCGGACGUCGUUUUUGGGUUUCCGCCAUUAUGAAGGACAAUGACAAAAAGAACAUCCUGGCAGUGCAAUCGCUCAGGAACACAAUCAUGGGCUCAACCCUAAUGGCCACAACGUCAGUUCUCCUCUGCUGUGGCCUGGCAGCCGUGAUAAGCAGCACAUACAGCGUGAAGAAACCGCUCAACGACACUGUUUAUGGGGCCCACGGAGAAUUCAUGGUGGCUUUGAAAUAUGUGACACUCCUAACAGUUUUUCUCUUCUCAUUCUUCUGCCACUCUCUCUCCAUUAGGUUCAUAAACCAAGUGAACAUUCUCAUCAACACUCCACAGGGCCCCACCUCCAUAGUGACCCCAGAGUACGUGUCCGAACUCUUGGAGAAGGGCUUCAUGCUCAACAGUGUGGGAAACAGGCUCUUCUAUAUAGGACUCCCUCUCCUGCUUUGGGUAUUUGGCCCUGUACUAGUCUUCUUGUGUUAUGUAACCAUGGUGCCAGUGCUUUACAACCUCGACUUUGUGCUUGGAAGUGGAAAGCGAAAAUAUGAUAACGAUGACUCUGUUUGAUAAAAUGAGAGAAGAUAUCAUGGAUAUUAUAAUUUGUACGUGUAUGUCCAUGAUUUUCCCUGCCUGAGGACAACCUUUGCCUGUAGAGAUAUGCUUUUUGAUGAUCUUGCUUUUAA